AUGACUCAGUUGGUGAAAAGGAUUGAAGAUCUUUACACGUUUUAUAAUUGUGCUAUGGCGGUCAUGUAUGAGUCUAUCAUUUUAUGUGUCAUUGGGAUCGUGAUACACACAUCUGCUGCCUUUAACAUAUAUACACAUAUAUGUUUAGGAACAGCUGUAAGAUUUAUAGAUGGACGAUACAAAUGUCAGUUUCGAUCUGAUUAUGCAGCUAGUGCUCUAAAAGACGUGGCAACUUGUACUAAUAAAUGCAAUGUCCAGAUGGUUUAUUUGCAAAAUCAGUACACAUAUUACUACUUACGUGAAGUCCAUGUCACAAUAGGAACUGAGCAGACAUUCAUGCAGUCAAUUUGUCAACCAUCACACACAAGAUAUGAACCCAUGGACAUGUAUAUUACAUGUUCAUCGUGGAACAAAGAUAAAUAUAGAGUUAAUGUUAUGAAUACUACUAGCUGCCGAUUGCGUAAUGCACAGUGUGAGAGAAUCGGCAAUUAUUGUAUUUGUCAUCGCUUCCGUGAAUACAUCGUGGUAAAUGGAUCCUGUUUAAAAGGAAACGUUACUGUCGGUCACUAUUGUUCAUACCAACAACAGUGCACUGGAACUGAAUUUGCUAGUGUAUGUAAUAAUAGGAGAUGCGACUGUCAGACAGGAUACAUAUUGAUUAGGAACAACUGUUACCAAGGAAAGGUAACCAUUGGUAAAUGGUGUGUCUUCGAUGUGCAAUGCACUGGAACUCAACUUGCAAGUUUAUGUCAGAAUGGUUUGUGCUCAUGUCGUUCCGGAUUUGUCGCUUAUCACAACAACUGUGUCCCAGCUAAAAAUGUUACCGUCGGUCACUCGUGUUUAUACGAUCGGCAAUGCACUGGAACUCAAUUUGCAAGUGUUUGUGAUCAUUAUCGGUGUGAGUGUCAGCCGGGAUAUAUAUUGAUCGACAACAACUGCUAUCCAGAACUUGUUACUGUCGGUCACUAUUGUUCAUACAACCAGCAGUGUACUGGAACUGAAUAUGCAAGUGUAUGUAAUAAUGGUCUGUGUGAGUGUCAAUCAGGAUACAUAUUGAAUAGGAACAACUGUUACCAAGAUAACAAUAUUGGAAAGAUAUUAGGAACCCUGUUUGGUGGAAUACUUAUUGGUGUUAUCCUAACAGCAGUCGUUGCGUUCUUGAUGUUUAAAAAAAUGCAAACCAAAAUAAAAAUGAGAGAAGAACCGAGUGUAUCGUUUGCAAAUGAUGCAGUAUACAGUUCUGCAAUCGUUGUUGAGCGUGAAGAUAUCACAGGUUCUCAGGCAAACGCUAAAGAGCAAAAAGUCGUAAACGUUUUGCCAUACGCCUGCUCAGAGAAAGGUGCAGUCUACAGCUUCGUAAAAGGAAAACCGACGACAGAGGGUGUUUACAAUCAUCUACGUGAGGAAGAAAAACAUGACUAUGAACAUGACGACAAUUAUGAUCAUGCGUGUGCUGCAUCGUAUCUCGGUACAGAGCCCAGCGUUUAUAGUAACAUGCCGUGAAUUCGAUAUUUUAUAGUAUAUAACUGCUUGAUUAACAAAGAACUGUUUUCUAUAUAUAAAAAAUAUAUACAAAGAAGUGAUUAAUUUUUGUGCAUUGUGUUAAUAUCCCUUAUCAAUGAAUUUUUAACUUCCCGAAAGAAUAAUGAAACACUGUUUUUUAAACAAUGUUCGUAUGUAUGGAAAAAAAAUUCUACAAACUCUACAAAAUUACAAUCAAAUGGAUAUUUAAAAUAUUAUAGAGCUUAUGAAUACAGGAUUUCAUGGUUAUUUGCGAUGGAAGAUCAUUGCUAAAUCUUGCCCAGAAUGACUGUUUGCAUUGUAUUAUAAUUUAACAUGUACAUUUCCUGUUAAACAGUUUUUCCGAAGAGUUUUCAUAAUGAUUUUCGAACUUCGUUGAGUAUUUUCCAGGAUAUUUUCCAAAGUGACUGAUACAUAUGGUCCAUUCCCUUUGCAAGCUUUGAUUAUUAUCGUUGUUUUUACUAAUUGAUAUUUAGUAUUUUACACUGAUUUUUCAUUCGUGUUAAAUUGUUCCAAAAAGAUUGUAUUAAACAAUAUGCAGCUACACGAUCACUACAAUAUUUUGUAAUCAAAUAACGACAACUAAAUACCAAUACGGGUCUUUCCUUUCAUACUACAAUAAGAAAUUUGUAAAAACAUGUUUCAUGUAUAAUAUUUUUGUUGUCAUCAUUAUGAAAUCAAUAAAUCAUAACAAAGUGACGGAAUAAGCUUAAUAAAAGUCAUUGCACAA